AGCACAACAGUUGGACUCCCUGCAGGAGGAGGACGCAACCAGGAGCUGGACCGUUUAUCUGACAUCUGACUGACGUCUGAUGGCGCUAAGAGCAAUGGACUGGGAGAAUUCAGUGAAUCAAUCCACGGUGAACUCUUCUACUCCGGCUUUUUCUUCAUCUCUAUCCUCGUCUGAAUCGUCCUCCUUCUCCUCUUCCUGCUGCAACUCCUCUCACCCCAUCUUCUCAGCCUCUUCCUUCUCUGGGCUCGACCUCCUUUUCAAUCUAAAAAUCCUCUUCAUUCCUCUCUACUCCGCUGUGGUCCUGAUUGCAUGCUCCGGCAACCUCCUCCUCCUGUUUCUCAUCUGGAACAACAAGAAAAGACACAACACUACUAAUUUUCUCAUCAGCAACCUGGCGCUCGUCGACCUGUUAAUGUGCAUCUUCUGCGUCCCUCUGACAGCGUCCUAUGCUUUUGACAAGCGCGGAUGGGUAUUUGGAUCCUACAUGUGUCAUUUUGUCACUGUCAUGCAGUCUGCAGCUGUCUACGCAGCUGUCCUAUCCCUCAUGGCCAUCGCAGUGGAUCGCUAUGUUGUCGUGGCUUAUCCCAUCCGAAAGAGAGUGGGUUGCCAGUUCUGCUGGGGUCUGGUGCUCCUGAUUUGGCUGGCCUCUCUGGCUUUGUCCACACCGACAGCAUCGCACACUGUGUAUCUGGACCUGAGGGCUACAGGCCUGCAGAUGGCUGUUUGUGAAGAGUUCUGGGAUGGCCAGGAGCGAGGUCGCCUUAUUUACUCCUGUUUCAUCCUCUUCUUCUCCUACUUUGUCCCACUGGCUGCUGUCUCCAUUUCCUACUGUGCUAUUUCGCAUCAACUGAAGAAGAGAACCAAGUCGGGUCUGACGGCGUGUCCUGAGCUGAGAUCUGCACGAGCCACCUGGAGCAGACGGAGGAAGAAGACCUUCUGCCUGCUGCUGGUGUCUGUUGUAUGUUUUGCCUUCUCCUGGCUCCCCUUACAGGUGGUGAACCUGAUCCGUGACCUGGACACAGACUUCUCCAUCAUAGGGAAGAACUACAUAAAUGUCAUCCAGGUAUCCAGCCACCUGUUUGCCAUGAGCUCUGCCUGCUACAACCCCUUUAUCUACGCCUCACUGCAUGACAAAUUCCUGUCCUACCUCUGCCACACCAUCCUGUCCCAGAGGAGAGGGCAAGGAAAGGACGGAGGUCAAGGGUCAAGCGUCCUCACAAUGUCUCACAGGACGCCGCGUCUUCAAACCUCCACCGUUGUGGCAGAUUUACCAGGAGCUGUGAUACAGAGGAAUAUUUUUCCUCAAGAAAACUACACCUAAGUUAAUUACUGUGCUGAAAAGGCGCAAGAAUUUUCUCCAGCUGUGUUUUCUUCAGCUCAGUUGGAUGAAAAUCGCUGCAUGUCAAGGCUGAAAUCAGAUAUGAUACAGGGUGUCGUCUUCACUUCCGAUUUAAUACAAAUCUUGUCAGCUUUCAUCCUGACAGACAAAUGGAGCAGAAAGAGAAGUCCUUGCAAGCACAGUGAAUUUGCAAAACAUCAACCCUCACGAGAUGAGGGUUUCAUACAAUAGCCAAUCUUUUCACAGUCACAAUCAAUGCCGGUGUAAAUAUCAUCUUCCUGCUUUAUUUGAAAUGACUCGAGUGUAUAUUUUUUAAACAAAUGUGGUUGUUUCUUUGCUGAAAGUCUAUUUACACUGAAACAUAUGCUACUGUUCACUUAAAAAUCACCUUUACUGUUUUCAUUUCAUUGCUGUACAUAAUGAUAUUCUUCUUCACAUCACCUUUAUGGCAUGCUUAUGUUAUGUAUUUUGUGUUUUUUUGGAUCUAAAUGGUAAUUUCCCACUUCUAUUAGGUGUAUUUGGUUGAUUACAUGUGUCAAUAAAAAGGCUUAUU